AUGUCACCUUUGGUUAGAUCAUUGCGUAACCUCAAUGCACUCCGGGACGCCAACACUGAAUUUGACUUUUCUUUUGACAGUUGGUCUACUAUCAAGUCAGCAUUAUUAUGUUAUUGUGAAAGUCUGACGGAUCAAUGGAGCAAUACUGUUUGCGCUGACAAUGAGGAUACUGAACGAAUUGACAUCGCCUAUCCUUCAAUCAGCGGUCGGCGAGUCGUAAGCGCGGCGCGUCGCCUAGCCAUAGCAUAUCCAAACAUAAUGGAACAACUUAUCCUGGUGGACACCUGUUUCAGGAGGGGGAGCCCGCCUGCUAGACCAGUAGAGGUACCUUCUGUGACUGCCAGGGAGCGGCAAACCAACGCGAUGUUGGUCAUUUUCGUGAAUAUAAUUCAUUUUUUCUCCCCGUCAUCGAAAAAUAAAACAGAAAAAGAUGGACGCCUGUUUGACAGUAAGCCGAAAGACGAGUCGGAACUUCGAAGGGACGUUUGGAUGAUGAACGUUCGUUGGGACGUUCUGGCACCGCUGGGAAUGAUCACAAACUACAAAGGAGAUACUGGUGCCAAUUCUAGCAAUAUGGAUAGUUCUUCAGAAGCCAUCAAGAAUUUUGAAGAAAAAUUAAUGCGAAAUGCUCAUAGAAAGACUUUAACUUUGUAUAGCAGUAGUGAAAGAAAUAGGAAGCAUAUUCAAUGUCAAUCCUGGUGCAACCCUCAAAGCAUAAUUUCCAAUGUGUCUUCACAAUUAAAAGCUAUACAAAAAGCUGAUAAUGUUGUUAGCACAAAACAUGCUCGAGGAGAUUUAACAAAGUUUAAAAAAUCCAACUUCCUGCCUGUAAAUAUGUUGACAGAGGAUAAUUUGGGUGCACAACAAUCGAGUCACGCAAAUAAAUUUGAAACUCAGUUUGAACUAGAUACACAGCUUAUGGAUAUCAUUGAAAAUGCUGAAGAGUUGGAUACUGUCAAUAAAGGCAUGACCCAAGAAUUUGAAAAAGCAUUUCACGAAAAUCACAGGCAAAUUGAAUGCAAUAGUGAUGGAAACUCUACUGAAAAGAAUGAAAAUCACACAGUCAUAAUUGAAAAUGUUGAUAGAAAUGAUAUUUGCAUUGAAGCAUUACCAACAGGUUGUACGGAUGCUGUUGCAAAUAUUGAUUUUAAUGAUUCAUUAGAAGAUGAAGUUCUACCAUGCAGUUUCGUGUUUAAACCUUUAAAGAAGUCUAACACUCCAUCACCAUUAGUGUUUGAUUUGAAUACAUUUGAAGAUUUUGAAAAAAUUGCGCUUCCCAUCAUAGAAGAGCACAGUGACAUAAAAUCAGCUAAAAAGUUAAUAAACUCCCAAAUUGUAGGAAGGGAAUUAAUUAUUCAACAUAAUGACCAACCUCAAUUCAGUAACGGGGAUGCUCCAAUAAGUCCUGUUCUUAAAUUAACAGUUGAUAAAUUGAAAAUAACUCCAGAUGAAGCUGCAACUAACAGCUUGACAACUAAUGGUAACAUACAUGAUAAUUCAAUCAUUGAAGAUGGUGUUUUCUUAAAAGAUGAAAUAAUUUUUAGUAGUGAUGAAGAGAGUGAUAAACAAUUACAAGAUCUACCUCUUACUUGUGCAUUAGAAACUUCUUUCUAUAAUCAAUCUGAAAUUCUUGAUAAAACUAUUUAUGUAGGUUUUCAAACAGCUAGUAAUAGAUCUAUACAAGUGAGUUCAGACUCAUACAAAAAAGCCAAAAGCUUCCUUGAUAGUUGUGAUGAAGAUGGAGAUGAAAAUGAUAAAGUUACUUUAACUGAUCUUGUAAACAUGUGCGACAGUUUCAAUAUAAAUAAUAAAGAAUUAGUUAAAGAUAAAACUAAAGCUAAGGAUACCAGCACUUGUUUCACACAGUCUUUAGUGGAGGCAGAUUUAGCUAAUCUCCAUGUGUCCAACGAAAAAACAAAUGAUUUUGAUAAAAAAAAUGAUAAAGAUUGCUUGCAAAAUAACAUUAUCAAAACUGUUGAUUUGAAAAAUUCAAAAUCUGAACCUAUUGUUAAUUUUAUGUCAAUUGAAUCUCUAAACAAUGAAAAUGGCAUGAGAAAACCAACAUCCCCAGUUAAAAGGAUAUGUAAAGAAUUUACAAUACCUAGUUAUAAAAAAAUUAAAUUAUCAAAUUUAGCAACAAGUGAACAAUGUAUCCUGGAUAUGAACCCAAAGGACAGCUUGGGUUCAGAAAACACAGUGGUGGAAAAUUGUAAAAAUGUACCUGUUAAUAUAGGCAAUAAACCUAAUAGUUUCAUAGAUACUUCACAUAUAGAUGAAGAUAUAAUUAACGAGUUUGCAUGUGAUAUGCCAGUUCUUGAGAAUAACAGUAAAUCAAAUGAUAUAGUGCUUUCUAGCUUUAAAACAGGUGGCAUGAAAAACAUCAACAUUUCAGAAUCUCCAUUGGCUAAAACAAAUAAAAUAUUUGAUGGCAUUGAUAUUAAUGAAAAAUUAGAUAACACUAGUACUACUAGUCUUAUACCAAAUAAUUUAAAUAAGGGUGGUAAAAGUAAGGAUAUGGAAAACUCAAAAGAUUAUACCAAUAAUAUUGUUUUCAAAACUGCAAGUAAUAAAAAUAUUGCAAUUACUGACGAAGCUUUUGCAAAAUCGAGGCUCAUUCUAGAAGAAUUCACUGAAUUUAUACCUGAUAGAUUGCAAGAUCAAUGUUUAAAUUGGGAUCAACCAUCAACAAGUAAAUUACAUGUUUGUGGUUUUAAGACAGCAAGUAAUAAAGAAAUAAAAAUUUCCAUAGAUUCUUUAGCUAAAAGCAAGCCUCUUCUACAAGAUAUUAUAGAAGAUGAUGAUGCUGUAUUUAAUAUAAAAUCUAGUAAAGCCUUGAGAAAUACAAAUCAAAGUCUGCCACACCCAGAUACUUGUCUUGGUUUUAGAACUGCUAAUAAUAAAGAUAUAAAGAUUUCUGAAGAAGCUUAUUCUAAAACUAAGCAUUUGUUUAAAGAUAUUGGUAUGGUUGAAGAAGACCGUUUGAAUGACGUUGAUGAAAACUUGGAAAAUAGAAAUACCAUUUUAAAGACUACUGAUGUAAAUGUUGAAAUACCGGAAGAAAAUAAAAAUCGUGAAUCACUUAAUGAUUCAAGUGGCAAACCCCUAUUUCAUGAAGACACUGUUAUGCUAAAGUUUUGUGGUUUAACAACUGCAGGUAAUAAGCCAGUGAAUGUUUCCGAGAAAGCUAUUGCUAAAAGUAAUAAACUUUCUGCCGAUUUAGAAUUCGACGAAUUUAAUUUCAACAACAAAGAGGAUUUUAAUUAUGGUAAGGGCCCAAGUAUUAUCGAAAAUGAAAUAUUGAGUGAUAAACAAAAAACGAAUCGCUUAUUGUUCAGUGAAAAUAGUACAGCUUUUUUGGGAUUCAAAAGUGCAAGUAAUAAAGAAGUUAAAAUAUCCCAUAAAGCAUUAGAGCAAAGUAAAAAACUUUUUGAUGAUUUAGAUCUAAACGAAUUUAACAAUAAGAACGAAGUAACCCAUGGUAAUAAUUGUGAUACGGUUUCAAGUUUUGCUAAAAACAAAACAAUACGUGUUAUAGAAAAUGAGAAUUGCGUACAGUGGAAUGAGAAUAGUACAGCUUUUCUGGGAUUCAAAAGUGCUAGUAAUAAAGAAGUUAAAAUAUCCGACAAAGCAUUAGCUCAAAGUAAAAAACUUUUUGCUGAUUUAGAUUUAAACGAUUAUAAUUUCAACAAAAAAGAAGACAAAACAAUUAGUGUAGAAGAAAAUGAAAAUUGCUUACAGCUGAAUAAGAACAGUACAGCUUUUACGGGAUUCAGAAGUGCGAGUAAUAAAGAAGUUAAAAUAUCCGAAAAAGCUUUAGCUCAAAGUAAAAAACUUUUCAGUGAUUUAGAAGUUGAUAGUCACAUUGCUGAUUAUAAAAACCCUACUUUUAAAAACAUUGAUAUCCAACCUAGCAAAAAUUCCACUGCAACAGAAGUUUGCAAAGGCUUUCAAACAGCAAGUAAAAAACCAAUCAAAAUAUCAGCUCAGGCUUUGUCUAAAAGCAUGAAAUUAUUCAAGGAUAUUGAUAAUGACAAUGAUAAUUGCGAUUCCAAUGUAAAUAACUCACAAAAUUGUAUAAUCCAAGCAAAUUCGGAUAAUUCGAUCGCAUAUAAGGAACCGGUUUUUAGAGGAUUUCAAACAUCAAGCGGGAAACCGGUGGAAAUAUCAGCUGAAGCACUAGCAAAAAGCAAAUCAUUAUUUAAAGAUAUUGAGGAUAACACAGUUGAACAAAAUCAAGAUAAUAUUAGAAUGCAAAAGUUUUCAAACAGUAAACGAGAUGUCCCAGCAAAUGAUGAAAUAGUUACAACGAGCAAUAAAUUCUCUAAUAUACAUGAAACGGAGAAUAAUGUUGCGAAAGUAGAGGAAAAACCUAUUGGGUUUUGUGGAUUUAAAACCGCUAGCAAGAAAAAAGUUUUGAUAUCUGAUCAAGCAUUAGAAAGAAGCCGUAAAAUAUUUCAAGAUAUAGAUAUGGAUGGUGGACUCGAAAAAACCAGUGAUAGAAGAGCACUUGGAUUUUGCGGAUUUGAAACUGCUAGUAAGAAGAAAGUUUUGGUAUCCAAUCAAGCUUUAGAAAAAAGCCGUAAAAUAUUUCAAGAUUUAGAUAUGCCUGGAGGACAAGGAAAAACUGUUGAUCCAGCACUGUGUAAUGAUAAGGAAAAUCAAAGUAAUAGAAUCCAAGAAACACAUUCAAACUUUAAGUCCGUAAAUAACGAUGAUGGAAAAGUGUCUGAAAAUGUUAUGAUCAAGUCAAAAAGACUUUGUACAGAUUCCGCACAAAAAAGUAAUAAAAUCCAGUCUUCGAUUUCUAAUAAUAAACCUCAAAAUAUUUUUGAAAGACUAAUAGAUACUCAAGUUAUGCACAAUUUCGAAGAAACAUUGUGUACUGAAGAUUUUUGUAAAGAGACCACUACACCUAAGAAUAGCAAACGUUCUGGGAGUCCUAUAUUAUCUUGUCCCAAAGCAAAAAAGCGGAAAAAGUUUGAGACUCCAUACAAGACCAAUGUUGUUACAAAAGGAACUGCUAUCCCUAACAUUGGUUCUGUUAUUGAUAUAGUGGAUGAAAGUGUUAUGCUAUUUAAUGUGGAUUAUAAGAAAAUGAAACGAUAUAAACUAAAAGAUUUAGCUGAAGCAGAAAAAAACACCGGAAAGUUCGAUACAAGUUCAUUUGCUUACUUUUCUCAAUUUAAUUUUGAUAAAUUACUAAAUUUUCAAUUUAUCGGAAAAAGGAAUGACUUGUCAGAUAUUGAUAUGUCAGUAGAAGAUGUUAAGAAUUUGUUUUUGAGUAUGGUCAAUAAGAAAUUGGUACCUGAAGGUUGGUUAGAUAAUCAUUUGAGGUUGGUGAUUUGGAAACUAAUAUCUUACGAAAUGAAAUUUCCGAAUACAUUGUCUGGUGUUUGUAGUGUUAGAAAUUUGUUGGAUCAGUUGAAAUAUAGGUAUGAUAAAGAGCUUUAUAAUGCUGAAAGGCCUGCCCUUCGGAAAAUUUUGGAGAAAGAUGAUAUUGCGUCGAAAACUAUGGUACUGUGUGUAGCUGCCAUUUAUGUUGACGGUGUAAGUGUAAGCAGCAUUACCAACAAUACAGCAAAUGUGGAACUUUUACUAACAGACGGUUGGUACUGUAUCAAAAGCACCAUAGACAAAAUGCUGACAAAACUUGUCUAUGAUGAGAGGAUUACUAUUGGUUGUAAAAUCAUCACGAACGGCGCUGAAUUGGUUAAUUGCGACCAAGGAGUUGCUCCUUGGGAGGACACAUCUUGUGUUCGUCUCAAGAUCUUCGGCAACUCCACGCGGCCGGCGCGCUGGGACGCCCGCCUAGGUUACCAUGGCAACGCCGCCAUCUUGACGCAGCUGUCAUCUGUCAAAGUCGAAGGCGGGAAAGUGUCCAAAAUGCGCUUGUACGUCACUAGGGUGUAUCCCGCGCUGUACGUGGAGAAAUUCGAAGAUGGCAGCACUGUCACUCGUUCAGAGCGGCUCGAGUCACUUCACCUAUUGAAAUACGAAUCGGAGAGGCAGCUGAUUAUCGAAAAGUUGUAUGAAGAGGUGGAGAAAGAACUAUCAGACCAGGAGUCUCAAGAUUCUGAAAGUAGCUAUAAUGAUAAAAGAAGAAGGCUGUGCAUCAGCUCUGAAUUGAUUACCAGCACUCAAACCAGAUCAUUGGAGGAGCGUUCCAAUAAACGCCGCGAUAGAAUGAUCCAGAACAUUGAGAAGAGAUUGCAAGAGAAGAUGGAGUCGCAUGGAGUUAAUGUGAACAGGAACGUUGUACCGCUCCUGAAGAUUAGAGUGGCUGCAUUCAAGAAAAGUUCUAAGGAAACCACGAAAGGUCUUCUAUCAAUAUGGAAGCCCAAUGAUGCAAUAGCGGAGAUUAUAAGGGAAGGAGUAUGGAUGGAAGUUUUAAACGUUGUGCCUACAGCAAUAAGGUACGGAGAAAUACAAAUAUCGGCUGGCAGAAACACCGUAUUCCGAGACAGCAAGUAUACGGAAACCGACGAGAUGUUGCCAUACACAAAAUCUCUGAAAAGAAAGUGUUACCAUAUAAAAGAACUAGCUAAAAACCCAAUCAUGAUCACGGAUUACAACGAAAUCGACACUGUAGGAUUUAUAUUCCAAAUAGAUCCACCUACGGCUAACUUUGAUCAUACUAAGCAGCCAUUUCAAAACUUAUAUCUGACAGAUGCAGAUAAACACAUAAUCUGUGUCAAUUUCUGGGGAGGUUUGAAAAAGUUUGGAUACCAAAACGUUUUAAAUACCGGCCAAGUUAUAGCCUGUGUAAAUUUGCAAAAAAGAUCUGGCAACUCCAAGAAAACUAUACCUCAUUAUCGCGUGACAGAGUUCAGUUAUUUCACGAAAACUCCCAAGCAUUUGGAAGCCAGAAAUAUGCUGGAAGAAUUAGAGAAAAAAAUGGCUGUAUUAGAUAAGAGAAAAUAUUGCCAGGAGUGUCUUGUUUUGAGGAAUAACUUCAACAAGAUUUCGGGUUUUAACAACGAGAAUAUUUCGCCGUACAGAAUUAACAAUAAUCAUAAUUUAACUAGAAACAAAAUAUUUAUCGACUCGCCGUUGGCAAAUAAACCUGUCGACGACAAUUUGAACCUUACGGGCCUCGAUUUUGAGUCUACAUUCAAACAGGAAGAAAUGUCUCCUCAACAGUUACUACGUAAGAAAAAAGUCAAUGAAAAGAUAGCAAAAUUAAAAAUGUACGGAGAACCGCCACCUUUGAGUCCUAUACACAUAAUCAACAAAUCCAAGAAUGCCUUCAACUCUUUCAAAAGUCCUUUAGCCACAAAUGACAAUGUUGCCAGUUUGAGAAAAUUAGCAGAAAAUAGUAGGAAAAAUGAAGACUCUGCCAUACAGUCUAGUCCUAUUUUGUGUAUGAACCGUACUUUUGUGAAAAAAGGGAAUCCUGUCCGAUUGAAUUUUUCGAAAGUUCAAGAAGAUAAAGCUGAUGAGAAAGAAGUUGAUCAUUUUGCUGAAGAUUUUGAUGCAAGUCCGCCUUUGAGUUUGGAUUAAGUUAUUAGUAUCUA